AUGUCCGAUCCUCCGACAGGGCCUGUUCGGCGACGUUCCUCAUUUGCAUACGACCCUGCACGAGACAUAUUCAAAGAACUUCCUGAGACAAUAGCAGAGAAUGCCAUCGCUGAAGAUCCAGAGAGAAAGCCGGAGGAUACCUCUGCCGUAACAUCGAGUCCAAAUGUUCAGGAACAGGCACAAGGUCCUCCCCGGAAGCGGAGACGAUCUGGUUCACCUGAAACGGACACCAAAUUCGAAGAGCAGAAGCAGGACGGUGAACAAACAGGGUCUCCCAAUGCCAACAAGAAGAGACGCAGGUCGGCGUUACCACAGAAUGCUGAGAAGCCGUCCCACGACCAGCAGACAAACGGCUCUCACAAGAACAAACCUGCACCGAGGACCCCAGCCGAUCUGCCCCGGAUACCGCGCAAACCAAGGGAGGAAGGAGAAAUCUCUACAUCACGACCUAUUCCUUCUGCUUUCAGUCGAAGACCUGACCCUGAUGACCGACGCAGAGGUGGUGAUGUUCGCAGGCGAUCUCGAUCCCCGCGCCGACGCUCGCCUGUCAAUCUCUACCGCAGACGAUCUCCCCCAAAAGAGCGCCGUAGGUCACCGUCGCCAAUACGUGAUUCUCCUCCUCGAGAGAUUAUCCGCCCUGGAGGGGCCCGUGGUCGUGGUCGCAAUGUGCUUGCGGAACAACAACGUCUGGCCGCCGAGCGAGAACAGAAGAAUGCAAAUCUACAUACGCUAGCAAAUCGUGGUAUUCAGGAAGUCUCCAACCAGUUCUACAACACACGGCCCGAGUGGGUGAAGGAACGCGGGCGUGAUUGGCGUCGCAAUGAAUCGCAGAUCAAAGGUCUUCGAAGCUUCAACAACUGGGUAAAGUCCGUCCUCAUCCAAAAAUUCAGUCCGGAGGAGAAGGUGGAGCCUGAAGAACUGGGAUGGGGCGAGGAACCAAAGGAGCCGGAACUGCAAAGACCUCUUGCUGUCAUCGACAUUGGAUGUGGCAAAGGCGGAGAUCUCGGAAAAUGGCAGUUGGCACCCCAAACGGUCGGGCUAUAUGUCGGUCUCGACCCAGCCGAAACAAGUAUACAGCAGGCUCGUGAACGCUAUCAGCAGAUGCGACGGGGCCGCCGCCCGAUCUAUGACGCUCGCUUUAUCCCACAGGAUUGCUUCGGUGCAUGGCUUGGCGACGUAGGCAUUGUCCGUGAGGUUGGAAUCGACCCGUACGUUGGCAAUGGACAGCCAAGCCGCCAUUCUGAUGCCGGGUUCGACGUUGUGGCAGCCAUGUUUACCAUACACUACGCAUUCGAAUCAGAGGAGAAAGUAAAGAUGAUGCUGCGCAACGUCGCAGGAACCUUGAAAAAGGGAGGCCGUUUCAUUGGCGUUGUACCAAACAGUGAUGUAUGCGCAGAGCAUAUCCAGAAAUGGUUUGCCAACAAGGCGGCCAAGAAGGCGCAGGAGUCGCAGAAUGGCAGCAGCGGCGAGCAAACUGCCCCCAAGGAAGAAGGCGAGGCACCAGAAGAUGACCAAGAGGAAGAUGGUCCAUCGUGGGGCAACUCGAUUUACAGAGUGCGUUUCCCAAAUGACCCUCUCCGACCCCUUCAACCAGAUGGAUCUUUCCGACCUCCUUUUGGCUGGAAAUACAUGUAUUGGAUGACAGAGGCGGUGGAUGUGCCUGAAUUUGUUGUGCCAUGGGAGGCGUUCCGUGCCAUUGCCGAGGGGUACAACCUGGAACAGCGCUACCGGAAGCCUUUCCCGGAGAUUUGGGAGUCCGAGCGUGGCAAUCGAGAAAUGAUGGCGCUCGCAACUCGAAUGGGAGUGACCAAAUAUGAAGGCGGCGAACCGGUCUUGUCGAGCGAAGAAAUGGAGGCCGUUGGGUUCUACCAUGCUUUCUGUUUCGUCAAGGUUUAG